UUAGGGGGCGGUAGAUCCCCUGCAAACGUUACUGUCAACAAACGAAACCACUGAAAUUGAGGAAGAAGUAGAAUGUGACUGCAUCAACAUGCGAUGAUCAGGUGAAAUUAAGAAACAUAUGCAAGCAUUGCAGCUAACCAAGUUUACUAAUUGCGUCUUUCACCAACCGCUGGACAUAAUACAAUGUUUGGAUGAAGUGAAUGGAGUUAACAGACCAAGUUUGUGGACAGACAUUACCGCGUGUAGGUGGACUUUUUAGCAGAGUCAUAGGAUAUGAGUUUGGGGAAUGGAGGAUAGUCAAUGUGGAGAGCUGGACUACCUGAUCCAGGAUGAGGACACCAUCAUAGAAGGUGUCAGCAACCAGGUGCUGUUUGUUGUAGUUCUCAGUCUGACCUUCCUGGCGGGUCUUCUCACUCUACUCUGCAGGCAAGACGAGCAGAAUAUCCACCCUGAGAACCAGGAGCACGUCCGAGCGGUCCGACAACAGCUUCAAACCGAACAGGAUGAAAACCCUCAGGCCGAGGCCAGGCAGCAGUUUUACACAGACAUGUCUUGCCCCGUCUGUUUGCAGCAGGCCGUUCUGCCUGUGGAAACAAACUGUGGACACCUUUUCUGUGGCUCCUGCAUCAUAGCUUACUGGAGAUAUGGCACCUGGCUCGGUGCCAUCCAUUGUCCCAUCUGCAGACAAAUGGUAACUCUACUCUUCCCCCUUUUCCAUGAGCAUGCUGCUCCUCAGAGGGUUCAGGACGGAGAGGCACAACCACAGCUGAUCCUGAGAGACCUCAAUGAUUAUAACCGGAGGUUCUCUGGCCAGCCCAGAUCUUUGAUGGACAGGCUGCGCGAUGUUCCCACCCUGCUUCGUCACGCCUUCAGGGAGAUGUUUUCAGUGGGCGGGCUCUUCUGGAUGUUCAGGAUUCGCAUUCUCCUCUGUCUUGUUGGUGCCAUCACGUACCUGGCCUCACCACUCGACAUCCUCCCUGAAGCGCUCUUCGGCCUUCUGGGAUUCAUGGACGACUUCUUCGUCAUCCUCCUUCUGUUUGUGUACAUCUCAAUCAUGUACAGGGAGGUGGUCACUCAAAGACUGAAUGGAUAGGAAACCACUUAUUAUCAAAAAAAACUUCUGCAUCUGAGAGAAAUCAUGUAAGGUGCAAAAUGAAUAAAUAUUUAGAGCAUUUCUUUAUUAUUCAUUUUCUCUGAUGGCUUUAUUUUGAUGUCGGGGCUGGUAAUACAACACUGAGAUGUAAAAGACUAUGUAUUGUGGAAAUAUAAUUAAAAAAAAAUCUGGUUUAAUAUAUCUGAGCCCAGGCUAUUAAAUUCAUAAAAGGAAUUCUACGUGAAAUGUAUCUGUUUACAACCCAACCCAUAACUGACUUUGGAUUAAGAGGAGAGUCAUAGAUUGUGAUGUACAUCUUUGACAGCGCUGAGUUGAUACAAGUGUGGAAUAAAGGAUUUAAAGCUGAGAGUGUGCAUGUGGAAA